AAGUAGCAGUUACCUCUCCUAGCUUGAUCUCUCACCCCAUCACAGUCCAAACUAACCUGCCUUUCGUACGGUAGCUGUUGCUCGAUCUAGUCUCGCGAACAAAUCGAGGCCAGCCGAUCGACGCGGCAAUGGAGCUCAUCAAGUCCAGGGCGACCGUGUGCGCUCUCCUGCUGAUGCUGCUCCUGCUCUCACACAACAACGGCGGCGGCGGAGUAGGUAUGGCGGAGGCGCGGGUGUGCACGGGGAAGAGCCAGCACCGCUCGUUCCCGUGCUUCUCCGACCGGAUCUGCAGCCGCCAGUGCAUCAAGCAGGGCGGCGGGUGGACCGCCGGCUACUGCCGCUUGAAGUUCUGCACGUGCCAGAAGGCAUGCUGAUCGAUCCCUCCACAUCGCCUGGCCGGCCGGUCGGCCAUCGACGAGCUCAUCUGCAGCCUGCCAUGGUCGCCGUAGCUUACCUACACGUAUGCUGUAUCAGCUAGGCAGCUAGCUAGUUGUCGCUUGGCAUGCUGCGUAAGCGCACGCGUGCUCUCGCGUGUGUGAUGGCUCCACUAUACACGAUAAUAAACAUAAGGAGGGCGGCGCACGUGUGCAGCUUGUAAUGUUAGUUCGAAUAAAGAAUCGUACAGUUGGACAAAAAAAAAACCCUGCCUC